UGUUUGUAACUUUGCUGGCUCGGUGGCGGCGGGUCCCAGGGGAGAAGGCCCUCCGCCGCUCGCUCAUUGGUCGCCCCGCCGUCAGCUGGUGCGAUUUGCUGCUGUCGCUUUUGGCGCUCGGCCAUCCAGAAACAAACCACUCGGAUGACUACUAAUAGUUAUAGCCAGAUGUACUAAUACACAACAAAUCACGGUCCGGGGUCUGGGGAGCGCCCAUGAGUUCCUAUUUCGUGAACCCCUCUUUCCCGGGGAGCCUGCCCAGCGGGCAGGAGUCUUUCCUGGGGCAGAUCCCCCUCUACCCCGCCGGCUACGAGGCUCUGAGGCACUUCCCCGCCUCUUAUGGGGCCGGCAGCCUGCCGGACAAGAGCUACGCCUCACCUUGUUUCUACCAACAGUCCACCAACACGGUCCUCGCCUGCGGCCGGCCCUCCUCCUAUGACUAUGGGGGCUCCUGCUUCUACGCCGACAAGGACCUGGGCGGCGGCGCCGCCUCGCCCUCCGGCAGUGGCAAGCCCCGGGCCGGCCACCCAGGGGACCCUCUGCCCUGCUUCGCUCCGGACCAGCAGUACAAGCCCGAGAGCGGGCCGGCCAAAGCCCUAAAUGACGAAGGCGGCGACCGGAAGUACACCAGCCCUGUUUUCCCCUGGAUGCAAAGGAUGAACUCGUGUGCUGGUACAGUAUAUGGAACCCACGGGAGACGGGGCAGGCAAACCUACACCAGAUACCAGACCUUAGAGCUAGAGAAGGAAUUCCAUUAUAACAGAUACUUAACCAGGAGGCGACGGAUUGAGAUUGCAAACGCUCUCUGCCUUACCGAACGACAAAUUAAAAUCUGGUUUCAAAACAGACGCAUGAAGUGGAAAAAGGAAAGCAAACUGAUCAAUUCAACACAGCCCGGCAGCGAAGAAACAGAGGAGAAGCCAGGGGAGUAA